CGCCGUUCGCGUGCGGACGUCCGAGCGAGCGAGCGAGCGAGACGAGUGAGUGCGUGCGCGCGUACGUUUCGCCUGCAUUGGAGGGAUGGCCGCGAUGUUGUCCAACUGCUCGCGGUUCGCGCCCCGCGUGAUCGCGCGGAGCGGCGUGUUGCGGGCCGAGGUCGCGAGAUCGUUGUGUAGUCAAGGGCGCACUGCAGUUGUCCACGCCGAACGUGUACCCAGCGCCAAAGUCCCGUUAUGCAGAAGGUACAAGGCGAACCACUGUUGGAUAAGCCAAGCGAGACAUAUACGUUCGACCGCGGCGCUAUGGGAGAUCAGGGAGGUCGUGGUGCCGCCGUUCGCCGAGAGCGUGAGCGAGGGCGACGUGAGGUGGGAGAAGAAGCCCGGCGACCAGGUGAAGGAGGACGACGUGCUCUGCGAGAUCGAGACAGACAAGACUUCGGUUCCCGUACCGUCGCCCGGGUCCGGCGUCGUAAAGGAGCUCUUCGUUAAGGACGGCGACACGGUGAAGCCGGGACAGAAGCUGUGCAGCAUCGACAUCGGCGCGACCGGCGGCGCCGCGCCCGCGGCGAAGGAGUCGCGGCCCGCCGCGGCUGCUCCAGCGCCGGCGAAACCCGCUGCCGCGGCACCGCCACCGCCCCCGCCGGCCGCGGCACCGUCGCCACCACCGAGCGCGGCGGCACCGCCGCCGAGACCCGCACCGGCGCCGGUUUCGCCUCCGCCCGCUCGACCGGCACCUUCGCAGGCGCCUGGCGCGUCCAUGCCGGUCGCGGCUAUCAAACACGCUCAGUCGCUGGAAGGCGCGAAGGUUCAGCUACCUCCUACCGAUUACGCACGCGAGAUAAUCGGCACCAGGACAGAACAGCGAGUGAAGAUGAAUAGGAUGCGACUGCGUAUCGCGGAACGUUUGAAGGAUGCGCAGAACACGAACGCUAUGCUGACUACGUUUAAUGAAAUUGAUAUGAGUCGCAUUAUGGAAUUCCGAAAGACGCACCAGGACUCGUUCACGAAAAAGUACGGUAUCAAACUUGGGUUCAUGAGUCCGUUCGUCGCGGCCAGUGCCUACGCUCUGAAAGACCAGCCCGUGGUGAACGCCGUGAUAGACGGCACCGACAUCGUAUACAGAGAUUACGUAGACAUUAGCGUGGCGGUCGCGACGCCGAAGGGGCUCGUCGUGCCGGUUCUUCGCAGCGUGGAGAACAAGAACUUCGCCGAGAUCGAGAUCGCGCUGGCCGGCAUUGGCGAGAAGGCCAGGAAAGGGAAGAUCACCGUCGAGGACAUGGACGGCGGCACCUUCACGAUAAGCAACGGCGGCGUUUUCGGCUCGUUGCUGGGCACCCCCAUCAUCAAUCCGCCGCAGAGCGCGAUUCUUGGCAUGCACGGCGUCUUCGACAGACCGAUCGCCGUUAAGGGAGAGGUUGUUAUUAGGCCAAUGAUGUACGUGGCUCUUACGUACGAUCAUCGGCUGAUCGACGGACGCGAGGCUGUCAUGUUCCUGAGGAAGAUCAAAGCCGCCGUGGAGGAUCCUCGAGUUAUCUUGGCUGGCCUUUAAUAACUUGGGAUACGUUUAUCGCGCGCGUUAACCCGCGCGUUAACGAUCACGGUGGACAAGCAAGAACGCGACGCGAGAGUCCGGAAACUCGGCAGGGAGCUCGUCCCGUUUCCGGAAACCUCUAAUCAUUGGAACGUACCUCGACAUCCCGUUUCGAAUCCCGUCAAUCUCCAACCAACACGUGGGACGACCGUGACAAGUGCGGUCACAAACGAACACGCCAACUAGUCCGUUAUUCUGAAUUUUUGCAGCGAAAGUGUCACAAGACACGCAUCUUGCCUCGCACGUUGUAUAUUACGCCAGGCGACGUAACUUUUGUUAAAAAAAAAAAUCCCAACACGGUACCCGAUAACGAUUGCCGAAUAACCGAUAAUCGCGUUCUCGUAUCGCGCCACGCCGCUGUCGAAAGGCGGAGCGCGGUGAGGCCGAGGCCGAGGAAGGGCUAGAAGGUACUUAAUCCCUAAGUACUUUAGUAUGUAGAUCCACAAGCUAAAAUAAAAUCUCACCAAUCUAAGUCUCCUUAGCGUUGUUGAAUCACACCGCGGGCGUCGUAGGAUAAGUAACGUGGCUCGAUAGAUAUUUAAAUACGGAUACUGUUUGCACUUGUGCCGAGCAUCUCGGCGGGAAAGUCUGUCGCAUUCUCGAGAAAGAGCGAGAGAGAGAGAGAGCGGGGCAUUCGUGUUCUUGUAAAUCAAAAGGCUGUUUAUUAAAUAAAAAGAUAAACCAAAUCAACAUGUUGUGUGGAGCGAGACGAACGGGGCGUUUACGUAUAUAAGAGCACACUGCCAGGUCCUAGCGGCGAACGGGUAUUUCGUACGAAUCCACUCCGCGUGCUGAUAACGGCGUUAUCUCGCGACGUCUCUCAUCGCCGUGUUCUGCGUCGUCAGACCGCGGCUUUAUCCGCGACGAUGCGCGAGUGCUCUCUUAGGCCCAUUGUAAGAUACAUUGUACAUCGCUCAAUACUGUGUAUUAACGAGAAACCGCAUAUAAAGCACGCUGAGUAAACAUC